AUGACAGAACUAUAUUUCCUACGUCACGCAGAACGAAUAGAUCAUGCAUUAAAGAAAAAUCCAGAAUCAAAACCAAUAAUUGAAGAAUAUCAACCAUAUGAUCCUUCAUUAUCAACAUCUGCAUAUGAUCAAAUUAAACUUGUGGGAGAAGAUAUCUGUCAAACAACUGAAACUUUUCAAGAUAAAGAAUCAUCAUUAAGAAAAAAUGUAUUUAUUCAUUUUAGUCCUUACCUUCGAUGUUCUCAAACAGCUGAUAUACUAAUAACUGAAUUAAAAGCAAAAUUUAGUGAAUUAUUUCCUAAUUAUAAAGUACGUUUCCAACUACUAGGAGAUUUUGCAUUAAGUGAAUGGGUACAUGAUAAAAUGGAUAAUAAACCACCAUUUAUAGAUUCAAAUGAUGCUUAUAAUAUGUAUACACCAAAUUUAAAAACUUUGAAAAAUAAAAAUGCAUGUUCAAAUUUUAGACCAACCAUAACUUUGGGUCAUUAUAAUGGACCAGAUUUAAGUUAUACUGAUUAUCAACAAAAAUGUAAAGAUUAUUUUCAAAAAUUAUUAGCAACUUAUGAUAAACCUACUUAUAUAAAGAAUAAAGAUAUAAUUAUAGUGAUAUCUCAUGGAUAUAUGAUUAAUAAUUUCAUGUCAUAUUUUAUAAAUCACCCUGUUUUUGAAGAAAUACCUGAAGCUACUUUGAAUUUUGCCAAAAGAAUUCAGAAGGAUGAAAUUGAAGAUAUUGAUAAUGAAUAUGAUCCUGUAAAUUAUUAUUGGAAAAUGGAAAAAGAUGCAUUGAAUUUAUCGGCAGAAGAAGGUGUUGAUACUGUGUUAAAUCUAGAGAGUGAUAUUGUAUAUUACAAAACAAAUUUCAUAAAGAAAGAUGAACUACUAUAUAAACCUGAAACAAAAGAUAUUAAAGAUGAAUAUAAACCAAGAGCUUCUUUCAAAAUUGAAUCAACUUCAGCUUCCAAAAGUGUUGAUGGUAAACCACCAAUAAGGACAAAUUAUCUUUGUCCAGCAGCAAAAGAUUGGGUUCCAGAUAAGAAACUUUUCAAAAUAAAAGCAGAAUUUAAAGAAAAAUUAAUGAAUGAUGAUUCUUUUAAAAGAAGUUUCAAUAUUACUCAUCCACCUUCAAGACAAAUUAGUCCAGAUGUAUCACCAAAUUCAGCUCCAACAAGAACAAAUUCAGUAAUUGAUUUAUCCAAAAUUUUAAGUAAUGAAUCAGUUCUUCAACCAAUAAAAUUGAAAUACUCAAAUACUUCAGAAAUACCCAUCCAUAAAAUCAAUUCAAGAGUUAAUUCUCAAGUUAAUUUAGCUCAAACAUUUAGAACAACAUCGUCAGCAGAAAAUUCAUCAACUGAUUUACCUAAAUAUGUUUCACAUUUACAAAAUAGACAUAGAUCAACUUCAAACCCUAAUUCAUCAGUUUAUGUUGCUCAUCACACAAAAGAUUCGUAUUUCCCACAAGUUAUUAAUAGAGUAAAAUCAAAUGAAUCAGAUAUGUCUAUAGAUUCAAAUGGGGAUAGUAUAGUUGAUGAAAUGGAUAUAAUUCAAGAAAAUGAAUCACCAUCAUUAGCUAAUGCCAUCGCAGCUGCUGCUUCAGCUUCUGCAAGUGCUUCAGUAAGUGCUGCCGCUGCUGCUGCUGCAAUCCCAACAACAAGAGCAUCACCAAUGGAUACUCUUAACAGAGCAAGAUCAUUAAACAAAAAACGACCAAAUAAUCCAUUAUUUUCAUCAUCAUUCCAGCAAAAGAGAUCACAAAAUCAAUUACAACAAUUUGGUAAAUUAAUUUCAAAUUCAAAUCAUAGUAAUGAAGUUAGUGAAAAUUCAGAGUCUGAUAAUAGUGAUGAUAAUGACAAUGAUAAUCAAAAUAAUAGAUCUCCUCAAAAAUCUAAAGAAAAUAUAUCAUUAGCUUUUAAACAUACCCAACCACAAAACACCACAAAUAGAAGUCCAUUAAGAAGAUCAUCAGUAUCUAAUACAUCAACAUCACCACCACAAAAUAGACCAACAAGAUCACGCAAAAAUUCAAUCCAAUUCUAUUCAUCAUUAUCAAACGGACAAAAUGGCCCUGACUCAACCACUCAACAACCUCAACAAAAAUCACGUCCGAUUUUCUAUAAUUUUGAUACUGAUGAUGAUGAUUAUGAUGAUGAUGAUAUGUCUGAUGGUUAUAGUUCUGCUAAUGAAUUUAAUAAAAAAGAGAACACUAGUGGUAGUCAAAAAUCUUUUGAUAAAUCAGAUGGGAAUUAUUUUUGGUUUGGACAGAAUAAAUAG